GUUGAUUUGUCUUCACCUUUGACCCUGGCCGAAGCUCUUCCUUUUCCGGUUUAGGUGCUAGCAGAACAGUUGGACAUAAACAUGGUCCAGCGCCUGACUUACCGUCGUAGGUUGUCCUACAACACCGCUUCCAACAAAACCAGACUCUCGCGGACUCCUGGCAAUCGGAUUGUCUACCUGUACACCAAGAAAGUCGGCAAGGCCCCCAAGUCCGCCUGCGGCAUCUGCCCCGGCAGACUGCGUGGUAUCCGUGCAGUGAGACCCCAGGUCUUGAUGAGGCUCUCAAAGACCAAGAAACAUGUCACACGGGCCUAUGGUGGGUCCAUGUGCGCCAAAUGUGUGCGCGACAGGAUCAAGCGUGCUUUUCUGAUUGAAGAACAGAAGAUUGUAGUCAAGGUUCUGAAGGCGCAGGCACAGAGCCAGAAAUCAAAGUAAAUGACUAUUUGUUUUUGGCAAUAAAGGAUCUGGAAAAAUGUA